GGAGGAGGUGGCCUCUACGCGCGCGCGCGCGGGUGCGAACGGGAAACGCCGCGAGGGCCAGGCCGGGCGGUGGAGACGACGGACUGUGACCAUGGCCGCGGCAGCUGGCGGCGGUCCGGGAGCGGCAGCAGGCGCCGUGGGUGCAGGGGGUGCGGCGGCUGCCGCGGGCCUGGCCGUGUACCGGCGGAAGGACGGGGGCCCUGCCAGCAAGUUUUGGGAAAGCCCGGAUACGGUGUCCCAGCUGGAUUCGGUGCGAGUCUGGCUGGGCAAGCACUACAAGAAGGUGGGUCCGCGCGCGCCCGUGGGGACCGAGGAGCCACGCGACGGGGGCUGGUGGUGGCUGCGGGCCUCGCGAGUCUCGGGCCACCCCUCCCCCCUCCCCCGCGCGCCACGAGGGACAACAAAGGCUGGCUCGGCUCUCGCCACGCCCCCGCGGGCGGCUGUAGACACGCGGCGGGACGGGCCUUUGCUGCUGGCUCUCUCGAGCCCACACACUCGCGUGGGAAGCCCCAGUUCGCACGCUUCUUCUGUGCAGAAGCAGCGGGAGCUGGGCAGAGUCACAGGGCAACUACCUGCAAAAUGUUUUCUGGAUUUCAAAGCUGGAGGCACCUUGUGUCACAUUCUUGGGGCUGCUUACAAGUACAAAAAUGAACAGGGAUGGCGCAGAUUUGAUCUUCAGAAUCCAUCCCGAAUGGAUCGUAAUGUUGAAAUGUUCAUGAACAUUGAAAAAACGUUGGUACAAAACAAUUGUCUGACUAGACCCAACAUCUACCUCAUUCCAGACAUUGAUUUGAAGUUGGCUAAUAAAUUGAAAGAUAUCAUCAAACGGCACCAGGGGACAUUUACUGAUGAAAAGUCAAAAGCUUCCCACCAUAUUUAUCCAUGUCCUUCCUCACAAGAGGAUGAAGAUUGGUUGAGACCAGUGAUGAGAAAAGACAAGCAGGUGUUAGUACACUGGGGCUUUUACCCAGACAGCUAUGACACUUGGGUCCACUGUAAUGAUGUUGAUGCUGAAAUUGAAGAUCCACCAAUUCCAGAAAAGCCAUGGAAGGUUCAUGUAAAAUGGAUUUUGGACACUGAUGUUUUCAAUGAGUGGAUGAAUGAAGAGGACUAUGAAGUGGACGAGAACAGGAAGCCAGUGAGUUUUCGUCAGCGAAUUCCAACAAAGAAUGAAGAGCCAGUCAGAAGUCCAGAGAGGAGGGAUCGAAAAGCAUCAGCUAAUGCCCGAAAGAGAAAACAUUCCCCCUCUCCUCCUCCUCCCACACCCACAGAAUCCCGGAAGAAGAGUGGGAAAAAAGGACAAGCUAGCCUUUAUGGGAAGCGUAGAAGUCAGAAAGAAGAUGAUGAACAAGAAGAUCUUACCAAGGACAUGGAAGACCCAACACCUGUACCAAAUAUAGAAGAAGUGGUGCUCCCUAAGAACGUAAACCCAAAGAAAGACAGUGAAAACACACCUGUUAAAGGGGGCACAGUGGCAGAUCUAGAUGAGCAGGAUGAAGAAGCAGUUACAACAGGAGGAAAGGAAGAUGAGGAUCCUAGCAAAGGUGAUCCUAGUCGGUCUGUUGACCCAGGUGAAGAUAACGUGACAGAACAGACCAAUCACAUCAUUAUUCCCAGCUAUGCAUCCUGGUUUGAUUAUAACUGUAUUCAUGUGAUUGAACGGCGUGCUCUUCCUGAGUUUUUUAAUGGGAAAAACAAAUCCAAGACUCCAGAAAUAUAUUUGGCAUAUCGAAAUUUUAUGAUUGACACAUACCGUCUAAACCCCCAAGAAUAUUUAACCAGUACUGCUUGUCGGAGAAACCUGACCGGAGAUGUGUGUGCUGUGAUGAGGGUUCAUGCCUUCUUAGAGCAGUGGGGUCUUGUUAACUACCAAGUUGAUCCUGAAAGUCGACCCAUGGCAAUGGGCCCUCCGCCUACUCCUCAUUUCAAUGUGUUGGCUGACACGCCUUCAGGGCUUGUUCCUUUGCAUCUUCGGUCACCUCAGGUCCCUGCUGCUCAGCAGAUGUUAAACUUUCCCGAGAAGAACAAGGAAAAACCAAUUGAUUUGCAGAACUUUGGUCUUCGAACUGACAUUUACUCCAAGAAAACACUGGCAAAGAGCAAAGGUGCUAGUGCUGGAAGGGAGUGGACCGAGCAGGAGACUCUCCUUCUCCUGGAGGCCCUGGAGAUGUACAAGGAUGAUUGGAAUAAAGUCUCAGAACAUGUUGGAAGUCGUACUCAGGAUGAAUGCAUCCUCCAUUUUUUGAGGCUUCCCAUUGAGGACCCAUACCUUGAAAAUUCAGAUGCUUCCCUUGGGCCGCUAGCUUACCAGCCUGUCCCUUUUAGCCAGUCCGGGAACCCAGUGAUGAGUACUGUUGCUUUUUUAGCAUCUGUAGUUGACCCCCGUGUGGCCUCUGCUGCAGCAAAAGCAGCUUUGGAGGAGUUUUCUCGGGUCCGAGAAGAAGUACCACUGGAAUUAGUUGAAGCUCAUGUCAAAAAGGUACAAGAGGCCGCAAGAGCCUCUGGGAAGGUGGACCCCACCUAUGGCUUGGAAAGCAGCUGUAUUGCAGGCACAGGUCCUGAUGAGCCAGAGAAGCUUGAAGGGUCUGAAGAAGAAAAGAUGGAAACAGAUUCCGAUGGUCAGCAGCUUGAAAAGGCUGAAAACAAAGUGGAAAAUGAAUCGGAUGAAGGUGAUAAAAUCCAAGAUGGAGAAAAUGAAAAAAGCAGUGAGAAGGAACAAGAUAGUGAAGUUAGUGAGGAUAUCAAACCAGAAGAAAAGGAGAAUGACGAGACCAAGGAACUCACUGAUCCGUGUAAAGAAAGAGAAAGCGAUACUGGGAAGAAGAAAGUGGAACACGAGAUUUCUGAGGGAAAUGUGGCCACAGCCGCAGCAGCUGCUCUCGCCUCAGCUGCUACCAAAGCCAAGCACCUGGCUGCUGUUGAAGAGAGAAAAAUCAAGUCCCUGGUGGCGCUCCUGGUUGAGACACAGAUGAAGAAACUAGAGAUCAAACUUCGACAUUUUGAAGAGCUGGAGACUAUUAUGGACAGAGAGAAAGAGGCUCUAGAACAGCAGAGACAGCAGUUGCUUACUGAGCGCCAGAACUUCCACAUGGAACAGUUGAAAUAUGCUGAGCUACGAGCUCGACAGCAGAUGGAACAGCAGCAGCAUGGCCAGAACCCUCAGCAAGCACACCAGCACUCAGGAGGACCUGGUCUGGCCCCGCUUGGAGCAGCAGGGCACCCUGGCAUGAUGCCUCAUCAGCAGCCCCCACCCUACCCUCUGAUGCACCAUCAGAUGCCGCCACCACACCCUCCCCAGCCAGGUCAGAUACCAGGCCCUGGCCCCAUGAUACCUGGGCAGCCCAUGCCAGGCCGCAUGAUUCCUACUGUGGCAGCCAACAUCCAUCCUACCGGGAGUGGCCCCGCCCCUCCUGGCAUGCCUCCAAUGCCUGGAAACAUCUUAGGACCCAGGGUACCCCUCACAGCACCAAACGGCAUGUAUCCUCCACCACCACAGCAGCAGCCGCCGCCUCCAUCUGCAGACGGGGUCCCUCCACCUCCUGCUCCAGGCCCACCAACCUCGGCCACUCCUUAGCCUUGAAGAUGCGGGAGCCUCCACACCCACCACAAGCUGAAAUGGGGACGGCGAGACUUGUGUCUCAGCAUCGUUGGUUUUCUUUUGGGAUUUAUUUUGUCCUUAAGAGCCCCAAGCAUGAGUCCCAAGUCUCUCCACUCCCUGAUACUUCUCAUGUCAGGUCCUUAGCUGACACAGUGGGAAGUGUGGUGACUGGUGUCCCCUGGUCAUUUGAAAAGUAACCCGUGUCUCCCCUGUCCCAGGGUGGCAGGUGUUGGCAGUUGAUCUGCAGGUCCUGUUGGCAUUAGUAUUCUAUGUCUCUCUUUGUUUCAUCUGUGCUUCAGUGGAUAAUUCUCUAUAAUUACUAUCCUUUCUUCCCCAUUGUUUUUAAGGAGAACAUCCUCAGUUAAUAGAAACCAAAAAAGUGGUGAUGGGCAGGAGACAGCCACAGUGGGACACACCUUAAGGCAUUAAAGUGACCUUAUUUCUCCAUAUCUGAGCAUGCUGGUGGGUCCCUGAGGCUUUCACCAGAUGUAAAUGCACCCGACUGAGAGGAGCUGGGGAAGAAGGAGGUGUCCUGUUGAUUUCAUUCCCCAGUGAGGACUGUGGAGGACUGCACUCUGUCUGGAAGAACACACCACUGUGUCUAGUAGCAGAGAGCACACACAUUACAAGAGUCCUCCUUCCCUUCCCACCAUCCUGGGUUUCUGUGCAGAUUUGCAGGGUCAGAACUAGGGUCGUUUUCCUAAGGGUAGUGUGAGCUUUAAAGACUGGAAUUUGGGGGGCAUCCCCUAGAUUUUCCCAGACUUGACACAAACGUUCUCGGGUUUAGGGCCCUCCUACACUUUAGGAGCUGACCAACCCCACACAUCCUCUCACCACUCCCCAUUGAGCUGAACUUUAUAUGUGCUUUUUUAAACCUUCCUCUUAUAAGAAAGGAAAGGAAAAAAACAAAAACUUUAUUAAAAUAGAUAAGUAGGUUGUGCUAAAUGUUUUAUCUCAUGAACUUGGUUAAGUGGCUGGGGGUCCAUGUCCCUAAACUACCUCUUGCUGUAGCCAGGGUGAGUGGGAUUUCUUGAAGCGGUACUUAGGUUCAGAACGGCAGUGAGAAAGUGGGGCGCACUCACAGCCUCCUGUACCCCCUUUUUCUGAGCCCUCACAUUCCAUCAUCUUGUGCUGAGGGCACAAGGACCUCACUUGGCUCCGAAGCAUUAGGCUUUAAGGUUUAGGAUGCUCACACUGGGAGGGGAGGGUACCAGUCCUGAGGAAGAGCCACAAAAAUGCCUUAAUUUGAGCCUGUAUCUGCCCCUGCUGAUGAGUGAUUUGAGAGUUACGGUUUUAUCGGCUUGUCCUUACCUCCCUUCUGUCCUUCCGUGAGUAGCAAGAGGGUGUUUUUGGCAGAGCUUCCCUUUAAGUGACAGUUUCAUUAUUGAGAGUGCAAGGUAGAACAUCUUAUGAAUGUCUUUUCCUCCUGUGUGUGUGUUCUAAAGCUUUUCAUAUAAGAGGGUGUACACAGUGUCUGUAACACCUUAGAACCCUUCAUGUCAGAACACAGAAAUCCACAGUUGAGAUUUGCCUUUGAAACUCUCAGGUUUGCCUCUACCAGGUGGCCCUGACCACCAUUCGAAUUCUGGGGUACUGGAGCUAAGGAAACCUUACUUCUUUCUGUGUGCACUCUAGACUCUUGGAGUAGAGAAAGGGAACUGAGCUUGUUCUUUGGGAGGUCACUUUAACUCCUUUUCCUCCAGGGAAACCCCAGUGCCUUUUGACGGUGGCCAGGUUUCCUACUUCCCUCCUUUCUCUCCCAAAGGAAGCUCACUCCAAUGCUUGCCUUUCCCCUGGAGUCCUAGAAAGAGAAUGGGAUUCUUGUUCACACUGUGGUCCUUUCUAACCUCAGGUCUGUUAUGUGAUCACUUUCCAGUUUGAAAGAUGCAAAUGGAGAUAUUUUUGCAGUACUCUUGUAACCUACAGAACCUGAGUUCAACACAGCUCUUUCCAUGUCUGUCAGGCGGGUUCAUUUCUGUAAUAACACCCAUCCAAUAUUGUGAGGGGUGGGCUGGGAUGCUGUGUAGCUUUUGUACAAAUGUAUCUCUCAGUGUGGGUUUGUUUUUGGUUUUUUGUUUUGUUGGAUUUUUUUUUCUUGUUUUGUUUCUAAAUGAGGGAAGGGAGUUUUGAGAGUUUGGGAGGAAAUGAAUGAAAGUGGCUUAAUUUUCCUCUUUUUUUUCAUUGAAUAAAUGAUACACCAUUUAUGAAUUCUA